UAACAUUUUUUUAGCACAAACCUCCAACUCUACAAGACCUGCAAACAUCAAUCAAAACCCUACAGCGACAGUUUGCAGCAACAGUCACCAGUUACCACCCCACUCUGUGCUCCCAGCGUGUUGCCGCCCUCCCAUUGGCCACCAUGGGCUCUUGCUUCUCCUCCGAGGCCCCCGCCGCCGGCGCGGGGCCGGCGUGGCGGAAGAGGCGCUGCGGGGAGCGGGAGGGAGCGGCUGCCGCCGGCGCCUUCUCCAGCGGCAGCAAGAAGCUCCCCGGAGGUGGCGGGGGCGGGAGAGAGAUGACGGAGGAGGAACUCUCGCGGGUCGUCGGGAGGAUGUGCGCCAACGGCGCGAGCGCGGUAGCGUGCCUCCACACGCAGCAGGGGAGAAAGGGUACCAACCAGGACGCCAUGGUCGUGUGGGAGAGUUUUAAUUCAAGUGAUAGCAUCUUCUGUGGUGUGUUUGAUGGCCAUGGGCCAUACGGUCAUUUUGUUGCCAAGAAAGUUAGAGAUUCUCUUCCUGUAAAGCUACGCACACGAUGGAAAACCAGUGCUAGUGGGGGCACUAGUCCUCAUCAAAAUGGAAGCAUUUCUGGAAGUAUCAACUCCGAAGAAACUGCUUCUGUUGUUGAUGAUGAAUGGGGUGAAUCUGUUAAUGGUGAUCAGAGUGAAAAACUUCCCGAGAUGUUUCUUCCACUUAAGCAGUCUUACUAUAAGGCUUUCAAAUUGAUGGACAAGGAGCUCAAGCUGCAUCCCACAGUUGAUUGUUUCUGCAGUGGAUCUACGGCAGUCACAUUGGUAAAACAGGGAUGGGAUCUUGUAAUUGGAAAUCUUGGGGACUCAAGAGCAAUAAUGGGGACAAGGGAUGCCUCCAACAAUCUAACUGCUGUGCAACUCACUGUUGAUUUGAAGCCUAACCUUCCCAGGGAAGCUGCUAGGAUCCAGCAAUGUAAAGGAAGAGUUUUUGCUCUUCAGGAUGAGCCAGAAGUUGCCAGAGUAUGGUUGCCAAAUAACAACUCUCCUGGAUUGGCGAUGGCAAGAGCUUUUGGAGACUUUUGCCUUAAAGAUUACGGUUUAAUAUCUGUUCCGGAGAUAUCGUAUCGCCGUCUUACUGAAAAGGAUGAAUUUAUUAUAUUAGCCACUGAUGGGGUUUGGGACGUUCUCUCAAACAAGGAGGCUGUUGACAUAGUAGCAUCAGCCCCAUCUCGGGCAACAGCAGCAAGGGCUCUCGUUGAUUGCGCUGUCAGAUCUUGGAGGUUGAAGUUCCCAACAUCCAAGAUCGAUGACUGUGCUGUUGUCUGCUUAUUCUUGGAUCAUGAAAAGUCAGCUGACUCGGUUCAAGACAGUGAACCCAAGGAGGAGACGGCAGAACCCACUGGGGAGGAGGUUUUGACACCAGAUGCCAGUGCUAAGGUUGAUGAAGGCAUUGCAGAUGUGAAUGUACAUAUAUUGAGUGAAGAGCAGAUCACCGAGACCACGUUGGAACACUCCAAUACGUUAAGGGACUUUGAUGAGAUUGUAGCGGUUGACGAACCUCCCAUCUCAAAGGAGCCCGAAAGAUGUGGAUCUGCUCGCAGCCUGGCUGAUUGCAUAUCGACAAACGAGGAGGAGGAAUGGUCUGCACUUGAAGGUGUGACACGGGUAAAUUCCCUCCUGAACCUCCCUAGAAUACUAUCUGGUGAUAAGAGAUCCACCAGCUGGAGGAAGCGGCGGUGAACAGCAUAUCCUCUGGUGAAUUCAGGUUGGGUGCUUGCAGAGGCACAUUUCAACCAGUAUUGGCAUUUUCAGUCGUGUAAAAUUCUUCGGUCUCUGGGAUUUGUUCUAGCUGAUUUUUAGCUUCCCCAGAUUGUUUUGACUGGCAGGCGUGUACAUUCCAGAUUGUUUGUUCAUUCUUGUGCUUUGUCAGGAGGUGUUCCAUGCUUGGGCUUCCUUCGUUUGUGCAUAAGAAAGUUGUUAUUCAAUGAGAAGCCUUUUUGUAAAUCAUGCAAUACCUCCUCCCUUCUGACGUUGGAUGGAUGCUCGUCUGCCGCCGUUACUGUAUCAAUACAGGAAUAAUUCAGUCCUAUAUGUUAUUAUGCAUGAAUUUAGUCACCUUCGUUGGCUUGGGCUUUGCCUGUGAAA